UCGGUGUGCGCGUGCGCACUCAGCGCUGUUGGAGCCUUGGUGUUGUUUGCGCACCGACGGUCAGAGUUUGUGUAAUAACGAGGAAACGCGCUUCCGGUUUGUUUUCCAUACCGAGUCUGUUUAUCGGUCAGAGUUUGUGUUGGCGAUUGGAAUAAGAUCAGUGUCUGAAACAGGUGGUUUAGUCUAAUGCUGUAGUGCGCGUUCUGUACCUGCCGCGCGGAUUUAUUGCUCCCCCUCUUCUUCAUCCUCCUCCUCCUCCUCCUCCUGCUCUCCACCUGCCCUGAUUCCCCGGUGAGGAGCGCGAGAUGCCUUUGGGCCUGCGGAAGAAGAAGAAGUUGCGGGAGAGCCUGGUGGAGAAUGAGGAGAUCGGUGGAAGUGGUGGAGCAGGAGGAAGCGUCGGAGGGCACACGGGAAAGAGCGCUGCCGUUAACGGAGGAGGAACCGGAGGUCUCGCGCCACCGCCUGCGAACCUGCGCCCCAAACUCGUGUUCCACACGCAGCUCGCGCACGGCAGCCCCACCGGCCGCAUCGAGGGCUUCAGUAACGUUAAAGAGCUGUACGCUAAAAUCGCAGAGGCUUUCAAUCUCAACACGACCGAGAUCCUGUUUUGCACGCUGAACACACACAAAAUCGACAUGGAGAAGCUGCUCGGAGGUCAGAUCGGCCUGGAGGACUUCAUCUUCGCUCACGUGAAAGGCAUCAAGAAGGAGGUGGAGGUGUUCAAGGCGGAGGACGCGCUGGGCCUCACCAUCACGGACAACGGCGGUGGAUUCGCCUUCAUCAAGCGUAUAAAGGAGGGCAGCGUGGCAGACGGCGUGAAGGUGAUCUGUGUGGGUGACCAUAUCGAGUGCAUUAACGGGAAGAACAUCGUGGGGACGCGGCACUAUGAAGUCGCUCGCAUGCUUAAGGAUCUGCCCAAAAAUCAGACCUUCAAGCUCAAGCUGGUGGAACCCAUGAAGGCUUUUGAGAUGCUGGAGCCCAGAUCGAAAGGAUCCAAGCCUCAGGGGGAGGGGCGGAUCGGCACGGGACGUGAGACUCUGAGACUCCGCUCCAAAGGACCGGCCACCGUGGAGGAAAUGCCCACAGAGUUUGAAGAGAAGGCGGUAAAAAAAGUGGACGACCUCCUGGAGAGCUACAUGGGCAUCCGGGACACGGAAUUAGCCGCCACGAUGGUGGAAGUCGGACGCGACAAGGUGAACCCGGACGAGUUCGCCGAGGCUCUGGACCAGGCUCUGGGAGACUUCGCCUUCCCCGACGAGUUCGUGUUCGACGUCUGGGGAGCCAUCGGAGACGCCAAGCAGGGACGCUUUUAGGCUAACGUUUAGAUUAAACAGCACGCGAUCAGUAGCAAGUGCUGUUUAUCACUGUGACCUUAGGAGGAAAACACACACACACACACACACACACACACACACACACACACACACACACACACACACACACUACAGCUCACUCGAAGUGUACUUACUCUCCUGGAUAGCAUUCCUUACCACUUUUGUAUCCGGUACAUCCGGACAUUUUAAAAUAUCGUCUCCCGUCCGAUUCAACCCCCGUUAGCUGUUUAGAUUCCGUGGUUACGAUGAAGGACGCUUUUCCGUAAGCAUCCGUAAUAGCAUUUUAUUGGAACGAACGGAAUCGCGCUUUAAUUUGCGGACGCCGUGCGAGACUCGCUUCGUUUGUUUUUGUUUGUUUUAAACAACCUCAGUUACAUCACCGAGGCCUGAAACAGGACGUAAACGAGGUUUUUACACACACGACAAAAUCAGGACAUGUGCCAUAGUCACGUGAUUCGACACCAAUUAGCAAUUCAGGGUACUUUUUUUUUCCUGUAACCAUCUCCUCUGUUUAUUAUCGGCAGGGAUGCGCUUUAACAUCGGCUCACGCCUGCACGUUUUUAGAUCGUUUUGUACGUGAAAAGAUUUAACAGUCCACGUCUUGGCCCGACGAAGGAUCAUGUGAAUCCGUCCGGACGCGUGUUAAAGAUAUUUAUGGUUUAGCAUGGAAAAAUGUUCUAGUAACUUUAGACAAAGGGUGAUUUUUUUUUGUACAGAAUAUGAACAUUUAAUCAUCUUCAUUUUAUAGCUGGAUAGAUUUAUAAUCUUUUAAUUUAUUUGUUCAAUAAAAUCAUUUAUAACACUU